UCAGAGGCCUUGUCUACAGACGUAGAAAGUAAUUCUACAACGGAUAGUGAGCCUUACUCUCGUAUUGAAUUACUUACGUUGAGACGUUUAAGACUUGUUUUAACAAAGUAUUUACUGUUAUUAAGAGAAAUUAAGAGGGACGUAAACACAACAGCUGAGAACUACGAAUUUCUUCUGGAGCACCUCAAGUCUGAGAGGAAAAGAAGCGAGAAUCGCCAGAAGAAGUGACGCAAGUGUUUUGAUACCCGCUUCAGAAAACUGCUUGGCGUUCAGAGUUGUCAAACAGAUUAGUGAGUGUGAUGUUCGCAGUUUGUAACAUGUUUGUAUGAAUAAUAAUAGCUGAGGCAUAAACGAAGAUCGGAAUGUUGUACUGCCCACCAAAUAUUACUCUGAGCCAAGUAUGGCUCCACCCUGGUCUGUCACCAUGUUUCACAGAAACAGUUGCAAGCUGUGUUAUUAGUGGACUGGUUUUAUUACUAGGAGGAUGGCGACUGAGACUGUACAGACGUUAUGGAACACUGGUGGAAUCAGCACUGCUUCCGAAGUCCAAGUUGUUUGUAAUUCAGAUUUUGUUAAUGUUGUUUUUGCCAGUAUUGGCAAUAACUCGAUUUGGUUUACAAGCCACUGUAAUAAAUGAUGGUUGCAUAUAUGGAUAUAUGAUCCUUAAUUGCAUUUCUGCUGUAGUGACAUACGGUUUUGCAUUGCGCCUACUCAUGGAUGAGCGUAAUUACUUGUUACCAUCAGUUCCACCGUAUGGCCACAGUCUUACAUUGCUGCUGUUUUGGAGUUUAACAUUCGUGAAGGAAAAUAUUGUAUUUGUUGACAUUCAUAAACUUGAUUCGUGGUUUGACUUCGCAAAUUUAUCUGAGAAAAUUGAGCUGGUCUUAUUUGGUUUGAGGUACACAGGCUGUUUUGCACUUUUUAUUCUUGGGUUCUGUGCACCAGGUGUUUUAUCACCAUCAAGCUACUCUCAGCUGCAUUCUCACAAUGACCUACGUAUCUCCAUGGGAAAUGACACCACUUCUCAGGGUUCCACAUUCAGGAAUUUUUGGAGUAAGCUAAAGAAACUUUUCCCAUUCUUAUGGCCAAAGAAAAGUAUUCUGCUGGAACUGAGAGUUAUUUUUUGCUUACUACUCCUAGCAGGAGGCCGUAUUAUAAAUCUCUAUGUCCCUAUCUACAGCAAAUUAAUAGUUGACAGCAUGGCAGACGAACCUGUUUUGUUUCGUUGGGACUAUAUAUUAACAUAUGUAGCAUUUAAGUUUCUACAAGGUGGAGGGACCGGAGGAAUGGGACUAUUAAAUAAUUUACGGUCCUUUCUGUGGAUACGUGUUCAGCAGUACACUACACGUGAAAUAGAGGUGGAAUUGUUCAGGCAUCUCCAUAGUCUGAGCUUAAGAUGGCAUCUUGGACGUAAAACUGGUGAAGUACUCAGAGUAAUGGACCGUGGGACAGAUAGCAUAGACAAUCUACUUAAUUACAUUUUGUUCAGCAUAUUACCUACAAUUGUGGAUAUAAUUAUUGCUGUGGUAUUCUUCAUCUCAGCCUUUAAUAGUUGGUUUGGCUUAAUAGUUUUCACCACCAUGAUCCUGUAUAUUGUGAGCACAGUGUUCGUAACAGAAUGGCGCACAAAAUUCCAACGUAGUAUGAAUUUGGCAGAUAAUGCUCAGAAAGCCAGAAGUGUAGAUUCAUUGCUCAAUUUUGAAACUGUGAAGUAUUAUGGAGCAGAGAGCUACGAAGUAGAAUGCUUCAAAAAGGCAAUCUUGCAUUACCAGGGUGAAGAAUGGAAAUCAUUGAUAACUUUGAAUAUCUUGAACACUCUUCAGAACAUUAUAAUAUGUGGUGGACUCUUGGCUGGCUCAUUGUUGUGUGUCCAUAUGGUUGUUGCAAAGCAAGGCCUCACAGUUGGAGAUUAUGUGCUGUUUGCAUCAUACAUUAUACAAUUAUAUGUUCCUCUCAACUGGUUUGGAACCUAUUACAGGGCUAUACAAAAAAACUUUGUGGAUAUGGAAAACAUGUUUGACUUGCUUCAAGAAGAUCAAGAAGUUUUUGAUGCACCUGGAGCAAAACCUCUAGAGGUUGUUAAGGGUGAAAUAAAAUUUGUGAAUGUGAGCUUUUCAUAUAUUCCUGAAAAGACUGUAUUGAAAAACAUUUCUUUUGAAAUACCUCCAGGACAUACUGUUGCACUGGUUGGACCAUCAGGUAGUGGGAAAAGUACUAUUGUAAGACUGCUAUUUAGGUUUUAUGAUGUACAUGAAGGUGGUGUGUACAUUGACAACACAAAUAUUAAAACUGUUACUCAGAGUUCUCUGAGAGAAGCCAUUGGUGUUGUCCCACAAGACACUGUUCUUUUCAACAACACUAUCAGGUUCAAUAUCCAGUAUGGAAGAGUUGGUGCAAAUGACGCAGAUAUUAUAACAGCAGCCAAAGCAGCAGAUAUUCACGAAAGGAUCCUUUCGUUUCCUGAUGGCUAUGAAACACAGGUUGGUGAACGUGGUCUGAAGCUGAGCGGCGGAGAAAAGCAGAGGGUUGCAAUUGCUCGAACAGUCUUGAAAUCACCUCCCAUAGUUCUUCUGGAUGAGGCAACAAGUGCUUUGGACACUCAGACAGAGAGAAAUAUACAAGCUGCACUUUCAAGAGUGUGUGCAAGUAGAACCACUCUAAUUGUUGCCCAUCGACUGUCUACUAUAAUUCAUGCCAAUCAGAUACUGGUGCUCAAAGAUGGAGAAAUAAUUGAAAGAGGAAGUCAUGAAGAAUUACUGGCUUUCGAUGGAGUAUACAAAGACAUGUGGGAUCAACAACUGAAAAAAGAAAAUAUAGGAGAGAGUGAUUCGAUUCCAGUGUUGAAUGGAACCUCUUAAUGUGGAAAGUAAUUCCAUCCCUAUAAUUCUAUAUCCUGCAGCAGUGGCUGGGACUGAGUAGUUAAAAGUGGUCUAUUUUUUGUGGGUUGCAAGAGCAUGUGACAUUGUCAGUUACAGAAAACUUGAAAUGGUAGCUAAAAACCACUAAGGGCUGUGAUAUUUGUGCAGUUACCUAAGUGAUAAGGUAUUUCUUGUUUUCAGUCAGUAGUUGUAGUUUUGUGAAAAAGACAGUGAAAGGACUCUGGGAUGAGAUGUUUAGACUUGCUUUAUCAGUGGUGUGUUCCACUUGAUGACAGUGACGUGUAGCCAAGAGAAACAGUAUGCCAUGUGUACACACAGCUGCAGCCUGAACAAAAUAUUUGUGUAUUAUAGCCAUAACUACUCUGUUAACAAAAAUACAAGUUCUCAGCAUAGUGCAUUUGUAUAUGGCUGAGGAUAUUCCACUUCUGUGAUUUGUAAAUUACCAGUUUUUAUUGGUAUAAUAUGUUGUAAAUAAUUCAUUCAAUGGGCUUUAAUACAUACUGUGUCAAGACUGUUAUCCGUCUAUAUUUUAGCAGUAGGUGAAUUUAUUGUACAAAGAAAUAAUAAAUAUGUAGUCAUAUAUUACUCAA